AUUCAAAGCCAGACCGCAGAUGAAAUUUCCAAUUAGCUUGAUUGUAGAUUGUAAAUUUACAAUCCAGACGCAACCAGACCACAAUACAGAUAUAAACGGGACACAAUCAAGAUACAGAGUCCAGACGCAACCUGGAUGCAAUCAGGACACAGUCCAGAUGCAACCAGGAUGCAACCAGAAUACAAUCUUGAUGUAACCAGAAUCCAAUCAGGAUACAAUUCAGAUGCAACCAGGCUGCAAGCAGGACACAACUUAGAUGCAACCAAAAUCCAUUCAGGGUACAGUCCAGAUGCAACCAGGAUGCAACCAGAAUACAAUCUUGAUGUAACCAGAAUGCAAUCAGGAUACAAUUCAGAUGCAACCAGGCUGCAAGUAGGACACAAUUCAGAUGCAACCAGGUUGCAAGCAGGAUACAACUUAGAUGCAACCAAAAUCCAUUCAGGGUACAGUCCAGAUGCAACCAGGAUGCAACCAGAAUACAACGUUGAUGUAAACAGGAUGCAAUCAAGACACAAUUCAGAUUCAACCAGGAUGCAAUCAGGGCAUAAUUCCUGAUGCAAUCAGGAUGCAACCAGUUAUAUAAUUUUUUAU